AUGGCCACUCCAGUACUAGACCAGCCCCCCUACACACUUAGUAAUCUACCCUACGGAGUGAUCUCGACCGCAUCCGAGCCGAAGCCCAGAUGUGCUGUAGCUAUUGGGCAACAUGUGAUCGAACUCGCCAAGUAUGCUAAGAAUGGCAACUUGUUCAAUAUCGAGUCUGGACACAAUUUCAUCUUGCAGCAGAUCUUCUCCGAACCAGCCCUGAACUCCUUCGCUUCAUUGCCAUGGCCAACGAGGAGAACGGUCCGCGAGCAAAUUCAAGACGAUCUGAAAGCCGGCAAGAUACCCUCUUCGUGCCUUGUCGAGCUCAAGGAUGUGACGAACCACUUGCCAAUGAAGUCGACUGGAUUUUCCGACUUCUACACAUCGCUCGAGCACUGCCAGAAUUGCUCCGGCGAGAUGACCUCUUCAGCCAUAGCAAAGAACUGGUGGUACGCUCCCAGUGUCUACAAUUCCCGCGUCUCCUCGCUUCUGCCUACGCCGCAUGAUAUACCUCGACCAAAGAAUGUCUACUUCGCCGCCGGCGUCGAUAGCCAGCCAGAGUACGGUCCAACACGCAAACUCGACUUCGAGCUAGAAAUGGGGUACUACGUCUCUCAGCCAAUCCCCUAUGGUGAGACGAUGUCCAUAGCAGAUUCUCGAGAGCAUAUCUUCGGCUUCGUGAUGCUUAACGAUUGGUCUGCUCGAGAUCAUCAGUUGUUUGAAAUGAGGCCGCUGGGGCCUUUCCAUUCCAAAGGAUUUGGGACAUCAAUCAGCAAUUGGAUCGUCCCGAUGGAGGCUCUAGAGCCAUUUGCUUGUGAGCCGAACACUCAGCAGGACCCCGCACCGUUUGAGCACUUGAAGUGGCCAUCACCGAGAGAUGGUGCAUUGGACAUCAAGCUUAGGAUCAGGCUGGUCCGGAACGGCAAGGAGAGCGUGUUGGGGACCAGCAACCUGAAGUAUCUGUAUUGGACGCCUUACCAGCAGCUCACACAUCAUGCAGCAAGUGGAUGUGGUAUGCAGACCGGUGAUCUCAUUGGUACAGGUACUAUUAGCGGUGCUGGCAGAAACGGGAAGGGUGAGAAGGUGGAGCUGGGAUGUUUGUAUGAAGCUGAGAGGACGAAGACGGACGUUCUGCCAGAGGGCAGUGGCAAGUAUCAGGACGGCUACUUGGAAGAUGGCGAUGAGAUCAUCCUUGAGGGAUGGUGUGGAGGAGGGAAUGGUGUGGCGUUGGGGUUCGGCGAGUGCAGAGGUAGGAUUCUGCCGCCGAAGUGA